AUGAACCUUCUCUUCUCCACCAUAGACGUGUCCCGCCAAGUCUUCCACCGGACCUCGCUCACAUUCGCCAUCGUGAACCUGAAACCGCUCGUGCCCGGUCACGUGUUGGUGUGCCCCGCGAGACCAGUGCCGAGGUUGAGGGACUUGAACGCGGAUGAGCUGGCUGCACUCAUGGGCUCUGUGCAACGUGUUGGGAACGUGAUCGAGAAGGCGUACGGCGCUGAUGCGCUCACCGUCGCAUGCCAGGAUGGUAGUGCAGCAGGUCAAUCAAUACCCCACGUCCACUUCCACCUCCUCCCUCGAAAAGCCGCCGGCGACAUCUUCUCCCACAACGAUGACAUAUACCCCGCACUGGAGAAGCAUGAGGCCGGUCUGAAGAACGAUGAGGUCGCCGUUGGCAAGGGGAAGGUUGAGCCGCUGAGGAUGGACGCCGAUGAGGAUAGGAAACCGAGGAGUAUGGAGGAGAUGGAGAACGAGGCUGGGUGGUUGAAGGCCUUCUUUACGGAGUAG